AUGCCGAACCCUGCAGACCUUCCCCCAGAAAUCUUCACUAUCAUACUCUCUUACGCCCUUGAUGAAGAUGUAAAAACCCAGAAGCUUCUCUCUCUCUCCCGCCUCAGCCGCGCCUGGUACACCUCGCUUACCCCCCGCAUCUACUCCUCAUGGACCUACAAUGGCGCCCGCCAACCAUUCCUUACACUAUACAAGUUCCUCCUCACAAUCCUUCGCGACCCACAGCUUGCCGCCGAAGUACAAACACUGCGACUGGGUAACUGGGGUUUCUAUCCCAGUGCUGCUGCGCCGGCGUCGGAGCUUCAGUUUCCGGAUGAUGAGAUUGAGCUCGUCCGUGGAGCUGUUCGGCACGCAGGCAUUGCGCAUCUGGAAGAGGAGAUUUUAGCUUCUCUGAAGAGAAGGGAUCGCAGGCCACUUGUCGCGCUGCUUCUGGUGUCUCUCCCGAAGUUGAGGCGUGUGUGGGCGCAUGUUCCGCGGAGAGACCCCAUACUAGGUGCUGUUCUGAAGAGGGUCAUUAAUCCCGGUCCUCCUCAACCCUCGUCAGCGCUGGCCGAGCUCAGCGAGCUAUAUAUAUGCCAGGAACCCCCCGUCCUCCCACCAUGGGCUGAUUCAGACUCCGAAGAUGAGAACGAGGUCUCGAACUCCGGGAGCUGGGACUCUCUACAGCUUAACUACAUCUGGCCUGUCUUCUACCAUAAACCGCUACGCAAAAUCUCGUUACUAUAUCUGGACACAAAGAACGCAUCAGCCUGGCUGCCGGCGUCAGCAGACCGCGCCGCUAACGAACUUUCACAUUUGGAGCAUCUACAUAUUGUGGCGAUUUGGAAUUCCGUAUGUGCGUACGACGAUAUCCAUGCGCUGAUAUCUCAGCCGACAGCUCUGAAGAGUCUCACGCUGUCAAUAAGAGAUAACCCGUACAGCCACCGACGAAACGAGAUCAUCUCGAAUGCCGAGCUCUGGAACUGUCUUCAACAACAUCAGGAGACGCUCGAGUCCCUCGACGUCUGUCGAAGCAAGGGUAUGCAUCGUGAUAUUAACGGCCGCUUCGGUAUGAUUCGAUCCUCAUUUCGUAAACUCAAACACCUUGCUGCCCAAAUCGAGAUCCUCCUCGGCGGAUGCUGCGGCGAGCCCAGAGCGCCCUUUCGGUUAAAGGAUACAAUCCCGACCUCGAUCGAGUCUCUUACCCUGUACGGCGACGAAGGCUUCACAGUCCACACAGACCUAGCAGUGCAACUAAAGGAAAUCGUCACCGGAUCAGUGGACGACUUUACUUUUCCACAUCUAACAUCCAUUGCCCUCGACGACUCUGAUGUUCUCUACACAAAUGACGGGAUUAACAUCAAUCCUGUCUACCUGGAUCUCGCCACCGCAUGCAAAACCCGAGGCGUGAAACUCCGCAUCGAGGAGACGUUUAAUUCAAUUGGUAGUAUAAACUGCUACCAUCGGCUUUGGGGUGAAUCACUGUACAUGCAGGAGGACGGUGAAGCACGCCACUCGGCGGCGUCAGAAACGCGAAAGAGGUUGCGAGAUCCAGUUGAGCUCCUUCUAAAGGAUGAUGAUGUUUAUGCGGAAGAGAUGAGACAACUUCACAGCAAUAGUAAUAACCGUGUCACCUCCAGUUUGCUUCCAGCAGACGACCCGGAGGUUAUCCAUACAAUCCCUUUCAGUGAUCAGAGAGGGGAAACAGCAUAUAUGGUCUUCAAAAAUGCAGCUUCAAUCCCACUCCCGCCUCUCUUCUGCUUCGCAAUCUACUUAGCCCAUCCGCCCUCCAAAACCACACUUGAAAAUGCAAGCAUGCAAUCCAUUUACGAAGCCAUCCACCCCUCGCAAAGCGAUUUAGGGCAUAUCCGGUAUGAUAUUUAUCUUUUACCCGGUGCAACCCCCGAAGACUGCGUCGCGCAUUACACCACCGAGAAGAAAGCCCGGGGAAGUUCGAAGGACCAGAUUCGGGUCUUCAAGACCCUGACACCGGAGGAAGAUCAUGAACAUCAUCCUCCAGCACCGGCAGACCAGACACAGGCGCAGCAGAAAACCCCGGGAAUGGUAAAGAAAUACCCUUGCCUCGACGACGACUACCGAUCCAUCCUCUUCAUCUCCACCAGACCAGCAUCGGCAUUGUCGUCAUCAUCCUGGAAUGACGGAACGGGUAUACUCCGUGUCGAGUUCGAUCGGAAACAGACAUCGGACAGACUCCAACUCCCACAGCCAGAUGGAAGUGCCGUAGUACGGGGCCUCGAACAAGAUGUUAGCAUCACUCGUACUGAUGCUCAUAUGAGCGGUAAUACGCUGCCGCCUAUCCGUAUCACUCGUUGCCCCCUGGACCAGGAAGACCCGUCGUAUGACUUUACGAGACGCGAGGGGCCCCAUCCAGUCAGUGAUACCAUCUAUGAUGUGGCGAAUGUGGUGCGUGAUACGUAUGCGGGGCCGUGGAAUGAGGCAGGGAAGAAGGGGUGGACUUGUUGGCGGUGA